AUGCGGGGCGGCGGGGCCGGGGGGCCGCUGGGUUGGGCCGGGCUGGCGCUGCUCGUCGCGGCCGCCGUGCCUUGGGCGGCUGCCAGGCCGCGGCCCGCCGGCUCGGGGCGCCGGCACAGCGUGGUGCUGGUGGCCUGCGACUCGCUGGAUGGACGUUUGACAUUUUAUCCAGGAAAUCAGACUGUGGAAUUGCCUUUCAUAAAUUUUAUGAAGAGACAUGGCACUGUCUUUCUCAAUGCCUAUACCAAUUCUCCAAUUUGCUGUCCAUCCCGUGCAGCUAUGUGGAGCGGUCUUUUCACUCAUUUAACAGAGUCUUGGAAUAACUUCAAAGGUCUGGAUCCAGAUUAUGUAACGUGGAUGGAUCUCAUGCAGAAGCAUGGCUACCACACACAGAAGUAUGGGAAAUUGGAUUAUACUUCUGGGCACCAUUCAGUGAGUAACCGUGUGGAAGCCUGGACUAGGGAUGUUGAUUUCCUGCUCCGGCAAGAAGGGAGACCCAUGGUAAAUCUUACUGGCGAUAGGAGGCACGUGAGAGUGAUGGAAGCAGAUUGGCGGAAUACUGACAAAGCAGUGGCUUGGAUACGGGAAGAGGCCAUUAACCUUACUCAGCCGUUUGCUCUUUACUUGGGACUAAAUUUACCACAUCCCUAUCCAUCACCUUAUGCAGGAGAAAAUUUUGGUUCCUCUACAUUUUUAACAUCUCCCUAUUGGCUUGAAAAGGUAAUGUAUGAAGCUAUUAAAAUUCCCAAGUGGUCUUCGCUUUCAGAGAUGCAUCCAGUAGACUAUUAUUCAUCUUACACCAAGAAUUGCACGGGACAGUUUACAAAGCAAGAAGUGAAAAAUAUUAGAGCAUUUUAUUAUGCUAUGUGUGCAGAGACAGAUGCUAUGCUUGGUGAGAUUAUUUCAGCUCUGAGAGAUACUGGGCUUCUUAAAGAAACAAUUGUUAUAUUCACUUCUGAUCAUGGAGAACUUGCUAUGGAGCACCGGCAGUUCUACAAAAUGAGCAUGUAUGAAGGAAGUUCCCAUGUUCCGCUUUUAGUUAUGGGGCCAGGCGUUAAAGAACAGCAGCAAAUAUCAAACGUUGUGUCUCUUGUGGAUAUAUAUCCUACUAUGCUUGAUAUAGCAAGAAUUCCUGUUCCACAGAACCUCAGUGGAUAUUCUCUUAUACCGCUGCUACAGGGAAAGGCUGAAGAUGAAGUGUCACCCAGAGGGCCUCGGCCCUCGUGGGUGUUGAGUGAAUUCCAUGGGUGCAAUGUGAAUGCUUCCACAUACAUGCUUCGAACUGGUAAAUGGAAGUAUAUCGCGUACUCAGAUGGCCAUUCAGUGCUUCCACAACUGUUCGACCUUUCUGCUGAUCCAGAUGAGCUCACAAACGUUGCUGUGAAAUUCCCAGUAAUUGUAAAUUCCUUGGACAAAAUACUUCGCUCUGUAGUAAACUAUCCAAAGGUUUCUUCUUACGUUCAGGACUAUAACAAAAAACAGUUUAUCAGCUGGAAACAAAGUUUGGGCCAGAAUUACUCGGCUGUUAUUGCCAACCUUAGAUGGCAUCAAGACUGGUUAAAGGAACCAAGAAAAUAUGAGAACGCAAUUGACGAGUGGCUGAGUCAAAGAGAAUUAAUAAAAUAAAUACAUAAAUAAAUAAAAACAACACAGAUUUCUUAUGACUGAUGAUGUGGAAACAUUCUGCAUUUGUGGUACUCUGUUGUGUUUCAGGUGUUAGAACUGCUAUCUUAUACAAGCUAUUUAAAGCAAAGAUGCUCAGAGAAUUACUGGUUUGUGUUAAAAAGCCAAAAACAUGUUAUAUAACUAGCCAGCACAACAAAUUUAGGUUCUACGUGUUACAAUUCCAUAUGACAGAAGUAUCCAUAGGAAGGAUAGCACAUAAGUAGUAAUUAUGUGCAUGGAAUGUUUAGCUGGUUGCCAAAAUGCCAAGUAUUAAGUGUCAGAACUUAACAGGAAUUUGCAUUUCUAAGGACAGACUAGAAAACAGAUUAUAGUACCUAGUUUGGAGAUGCCAGUUUGGAGAUGCCAUAGAGGUUCAAAUUUCAUCAAAAGAUACCACCUAGUACUGGUCUGAACAUAAACGCACUUUAUUCAAGUACUUAAUACUUCCAUCAUUCCCUAUUUAUACAUCACCAAGUCCUCAUCCUUUGAGGAUCAGCCUUCUAACCUCUGGCUUUUGGAUCUCAGUUUAUCAGGCCUCACUGUUCAAAAUAAUUUCAUUAUGUGCGUAGGCUACUCAUGGAACAUGUUUGCUAUGAACAGGAAUUUGGCCUUUGGUCACUGUUGGAAAUUUAAAGGAGAAAAAAAAAAAAAAAAACGCUCAGAUCAAACUUGUCACUACAACUGUUCUGUGAACGCUGUUCUGGUAACGCUGUUUGCACAAGGUACUGGUUGAGUAGAUUCCCCAUUAUGCAGUUAGAUUCUGCAGGUAAAUGUUUUAAUGUGCAAAACUGGAACCAGAAAUGUAUACAGAGGAGAUGCUGUCGAAGCUUGCAGAA